GCCCAAUUGCGCUUUUGGAUAGAAGCCGACCGCUUUCCAUUUGUAGAAUUUGUGCGUAGCAGUUGUUACUUGCUCAGCCGCGCGUCGACCACAAUUGCGAGGAUGCACAGCUUCUAACAUAUCGCGAAAUUCUUCACAAUACGAACAGCGCUGCAAAUAUGUCUUUGAAAAGUACACGCUGCGGGCACACCUGCACAGCAAGGGCUCGACGCACAGGUGUAACUCGCGCGACGCUUCUGCGACCUUCUGAUGUUGCCUCUGUGCCAACGACUUCUGCGCCCGUGGAGCCCCCACGACUCCACGGGAGAGAGGUAGAGGACUACGCGAUGUGGCGAUGCAUUGAGACUCACCAGGGACGCAAAACAGGGUCACCGCGGAGGCUCAGGUGGAGCGGCGGAGUUCUUGACCUAGCGUACGAGAAGUGUGGCCAGGUGACCAGCGAGUAUGCCAAGACAUUCUACUUAGGGACGCAGCUUAUGACACCAGCGCAAGCCAAGGCCGUAUGGGCUGUCUACGUUUGGUGCCGGCGAACGGACGAGCUGGUGGACGGCCCGAAUGCGUCCAAAAUUACUCCCAAGGCUCUGGACCGAUGGGAGGAGCGGCUAGAAGCGCUGUUUGAUGGCAAGCCCUACGACGAGCUCGACGCUGCGCUUACGGACACGAUAUCACGCUUCCCGCUGCAUAUCCAGCCGUUUCGCGACAUGAUCGAGGGGAUGCGGAUGGAUCUCGUAAAAUCGCGAUAUGAAACCUAUGACGAGCUGUACGAAUAUUGCUAUCGCGUGGCUGGAACGGUGGCGCUGAUGACAACCCCCAUCAUGGGAAUUGAGCCCUCCUACAAGGGCCCCCUGGAGCCGGUCUACCGCGCCGCUCUAGCGCUGGGCACCGCCAACCAGCUAACCAACAUCCUUCGCGAUGUGGGCGAGGACGCCUACCAGCGCAACCGCAUCUACGUGCCGCUGGACGAGCUGGACAAGUUCGGAAUUGCGGAGAAGGAGCUCCUCACGGGCCUGCACGCGCCCACCACCGGCAAGAUCGACGACCGCUGGCGCCGCUUCAUGCGCUUCCAGAUCGAGCGAGCGCGGCAGUGUUUUGCUGAUGCGGAGGCGGGGGUGGACCUGUUGGACCCCAAGGCACGCUGGCCCGUUUGGUCCGCGCUCAUCCUAUACCGCCAGAUCCUGGACGCCAUCGAGGUGAACGACUACGACAACUUCACCAUGCGCGCCUACGUGCCCAAGUGGCGCAAGCUGGUGUCGCUGCCGCUGGCCUACACGCGCGCGCUGCUGCCGGUUCGCAGCCGCUAAGAGGGGCGGGGCGAGGUGGUGGUGGUGGUGAGGGGGAGGAGGUGAGGAGGAUGAGGAUGCGGUCAGCAGCAGGAAGGAGGGGGAGGAGGAGGUAAUCCAAGGAGCAGCCGCAAGGAGAAGGAGGCGGUGAGGGGGGGGAAGCGGGUUGCGGGUCCUAUCGGGUGCAGCAACGGCAGGAUUGGCCGUGGUUGUGUGUGAGGAUGAGUGUAACUGGCGCGCCCUUCUUCCCUUCCCUUUUUGUAUUCCUGAGUGUUUCUCCUGGGUUGUGUUAUGACUAGCGCUGACUGGCGGCCGGGCGGGUAGCCUGUUCCGUGACCGCCUUGGGCCCAACAACUUGCGCCCUGCGCCCGCCCUGUAGCGUCCUCCCUCCUGGGCUGCGGGGCGCUCUUAGUCGGCUGCGGUUUUGUGUCUAGUGCCUGCUGCUGCUAGUGUGGCAGGAUAGCAGGUUGGUGGUGAUGAUGUUGACCUUCCCUGUAUGUAUGUAUGGAUGAAUGGAGCCUGUCUGCGGGACGCGCGCACGUGCGGACGAGCUGCGACGUGUGCCUCCGGGUGCCUUAGGAGGGUGCUCCGCCUUUUGAGAGACGUGUGCGAGAGAAGAGCGAGAGGUGUUAAGUAUUGAGAGAUCCGAAUGUGCGUGUCUGUGUGUGUGAGAGAGACGCUUGAGAGAGGGCGUGUGUGCUUAUGUAUGGAGCUCGGUACUAUGUAUGCUGCUGCUUGGCUGCUUGGCUGCUAGUGCUGCUUGACUGCUGCUGGCGGCGGCGGCAGCUGUGUGAUGGAGACAGUAGUGUCGUGGUGGUGAUGUGGCGGUAUUGUGGGAAGCGCGGGAAGCAGCAGGCAGGUAGCUUGUACGCGUGAUAUGGAUUACUGGUGCAUGCAAGGGAAAAAAGGGCGGCACUGCAGCGGGCUGUGUCCGCGGCCUCCGCGUUGCCGUGUCGCCCUGGUAGAUGACGACCCCGCCGAGGAGCUGCGGCCUCCGCGUGGUCUGGUCGUCACGCCUGCCUCUUAACAGACGGUUACCAGUGAGGCCCUCCCUCCCUCCCUUCCUAAUCGGGGGUUUGUGCAUCUACAUACAUGUUAUGAGGAGGAGGAUGUGGUGGUGGAGGAGCCGGCGGGUUUGCGUGUGGGCGUGUCGUCAUCAUCUUACGUGGGUAACCGGUAUCUAUCUACCGGUAUCUACUAUCAGCUGAGCCUAUGUCCCCAGCCUCCGUUGCCCCUCGCGUGUGUGUGUGUGUGUCUGUGCUGCAGACGUAUGUUGCCGCGUUGUUAGCACGCGUUGGGUCCUUUGCCUCUGAUGCGGGCGCAUGGCAGCACACACGAUAGUCGUUGCUGCUGCGCCGGUGCAUAGAGAGGGCACUGGGCCAUGCCACUGGCUUCAUGUUUACAGAUUUGGUGUGCGUGUGGGUCUCCUUUCGCAUCCAAAUUGAAUUGGCUGGGUUGCUUGCUGGGUUACACGCUUUGUUGUGUUGUUAGUAGCUGUUUAAGGCUGGCUGUUAAUUAGCUGGCUAAAAUUGCAGGCGAAUAAAGGACGUGGAUGCUAUCUUUGGCGUGUGUUGGCGUCGUCUGUGUGCCGUAUACGGCGCCGUUGUGUUUCGUGUGUUGAGCUUUAUUACCGCACGCCUGCUGUCAGAAACAAAGGAACGCGGCAUUUCCAUCCUGUUAUGGUUAUUUAGCCGUGUGGAAGGGGUGGCAGCGGCGGAAAAACGACGAGCCUGGAUCGCUGCUGCCUGUAGCUAGUUGGGGUUCCGUACGGCGGUGUUCGUACGGUGAUGUACGAAGAAUGUACGAUGCACAGCAGCAGCCAGGCGGGAGGUCGUGAAAGGCCUUACUGUGCCGCUUAUUGGAGCCGUAACUGGGCUCCUCGGAGAGGGGUUUGCGGGGCACCCCUGUUUAUUCCCAAAAGUAACCGGGAUGGUCCGGGUUUCAACGAUCCACCUUUGCCACGCCUACCCAGUAUGAUUGUUGUGGUGGAGCGUGUGGCCGAGAAAGUGGGCGAUUGUGGAGGUUAUGACUGGACUGCUUAAUUGACUGCUGCUGAGCUGAGAAGAAAAGAAUAAGGGGAGGAGCGGAGAAGAACAAAAAAGAAGCAAGAGAAUGACAGGGAAGAGGAGCACGCUUGACAGGGCGGAGGCACGGGAGGUAGCGAGGGUUUGUGGCGAGGUAUCGUAGAACGCCACAAGCACCACGUAGGUAGGAGCGUAAAGAGGGUGAGAAAGGGAGCGCGGUUGCUGGAGCGAGGGGUUGCACGCGGCGCGGCGGGAUGAUGACUAUUGGCGGGUGGUUGUGGGCUCCUCGCCUCUAGGUCCCGCACGUGUUGCGCUUUGCGGGUGUCCUGAGCCCUCUCUUGCCGUGCCGCCACGCCGAUGUGUUUUUCCUCCCCCCUUUCAUGUUUGGGGGUGUCUUGCAGAGCCCCCAUGCAUGCGUGCCAGUUUUCGCUGCCCGCCGGGGGGCUUCGGAGCAGCGCGUUUCAUACGGGACGGACGGAGGUUGCUCGGUUGUGGUUGCGCGAUGCGGGAGGGUUAGUCCAGACACCCAGGCUGUAGAUUGACGAGGGGCAACGCACUGAAGAGGAGGAAGAGCUUAGUGCUUGUGAGGGGGGGUUGUGCGUGUGUGUUCUCUUGCGUGUUGGGCGCUGUCAUGAGAAUUUCUCAACUGCGAGCUACUCUGGGGCAAUGGGGGUGGCGGAGGCUGGCUACUUGUAAUACUUUUUGGGAAA